AUGGGUUUUAACCGAAGGUGGAGGGAAUGGGUUAUGGAGUAUGUCGGCACAACCUCUAUGUCGGUGUUGAUAAAUGGUUCACCAACGAAGCCGUUCAGGACGGAAAGAGGUCUGAGACAAGGUGAUCAUCUAUCUCCAUUCUUGUUUGUGCUUGUUGUUGACGUCUUUAACAGAAUGAUUGGAGAGGCAGUAAGAAACGGCCAGAUAACCCCUUUACUCGUUAGGAGAGACAACAUUGAAUUGUCACAUCUUCAAUACGCUGAUGACAGUGUGUUGUUCUGUCCGCCGGAGGAGGAGACCAUUAAGAAUUACAAGAGGCUUCUACGAUGCUUUAAGUUGAUGUCGGGUUUAAGUAUCAAUUUUGACAAGUCCAGUUUGAUCCCAAUCAAUAUUGAACAGCAGUGGGUUCGAAGUAUGUGCAGCUUGCUGGGGUGCAAGGAAGCUACUCUUCCAGUUAGAUACCUUGGCGUCUCUCUAGGAGCUAACCCGAAGUUAGUUAAGAUUUGGAAGCCAAUUAUAGACAAAGUGGAGGAGAAGCUCAGCUUGUGGAAAUCUAAGGUACUGAACAAAGCCGGGAAGUUGGUGCUCAUCAAAGCAGUACUAAAUAGCUUACCGGUGUGGUGCGCUUGGUUAUUUGAUCUUGGCAGACAAUGGUCCUUCCCGGGUACAAUGAAGGAACACUUUUUAAGCUGGACAGGUGUAACUUUUAGGAAGGAGGAGCAAAUUGCAUUAACAGGAGAAGAUGAUGAUGAGUCUAGUGUAGAUUCAGAUUAA